AUGCAUACUAUUGAUCGCUUAUCAUCGGAUCAUUUUCCAAGCAAUUCAUUUCUUCCCUGUCACUCAGGUAAAUCAUCUUUUGCAGGGAAUAAUUCGAACUUAUGUACUUCAUUACAACAAAUGGAAACAGAUUAUCUUUCUAAUAUAAUGGAUACAACACCUCAAUUAGAAAUUAUUAGACAGCAAUCUUUUCAUCCAAGUGCUCUGUUUAAUCAUAUUAAUUCAUCUCGUGUAUCAUCGUCAGUUGCUGCUGCUCACCAUUUAUUACCUGUACCUCUGUUGACAGAUCACCAUGGUUCUUCUACAGCUACUGCUGCGGCGGCAGCGGCAGCAGCUCAAUCUCAUUGGCAAGCUUAUCGUUCUAAUUUGCACUCAUCAGUUGCAAGUUCAUUCUAUCCAAUACCUCAUAAUACAACGAACUUUAUAUCUCAAUCAUCUACUUUACAAUCAUCAACACCAGUAAAUCAUUUCACAUCUUCAUUUUAUGAUAAUUCACAUUUAAUACAUACAACAAAUGAUGGAAAACUUCCAUUUUUAAAUUGUUCCGGUAAUUCAACUACAUCUCUAUCACCAUCCAUAACGAAUUCUGUUGGUUCAUCUUCCGGUUCUUGGCGUCAUUCACUUGGUUUAGAUAUGCGUUUGUUAAGUGAUUCACAUAGCUUACAACGAGGAGAUCCAAUUACAUCUUUAUCCACAUCCUGUUCAGGGCAUGGUGGUAUUGAGAAUACGAGUAGAUCAUUAGGUCCAGUAACACCACCUGAUCUUAUGUAUUUUCCUCAAACGACGCUAUUCGGUAUGCCUGAUCAUAAUAUUGAAUCAUCGUUCCUGCAACAACAAACUCAAACGAAACAAGUUAGCCAAAGUGGAAAUCUGAUUUCUGAGCAAUUGUGUAAUUUAGGACGAGCUGAUCGUUCUUCUGUAACAAAUUAUGCAACACAGCAAUCAUCGUCACCAUCAUCAGCUUUUACUUCAAAUCCAGUACAGUCUCGAUCCACUGAUCGUACAUACAGGGAUUUACGACAUUAUGUUGAACCUUAUUCAUCUUACGAUGAUGAUUGUGAACCACUGGAAUUAGAAUUAAGUCUAGAACUAGCUGAUCGAAUUGUAGGAAGUACUGCUACAACGUCAAAUAGUAGUAACCCAAUAACUUCUAGUUUUUGA